UAAAGCCUUUAUUUGCGGUGCAAAUAGCUCUGCUCUAGCUUACAUCCUUCGUUUUUUGGUCCUUACUAAAUUGCUUGAUUUACCUGUUUGCGGAAUCGUCAAACGAGRCAAGAACUAUGUCUAUUACAGCGGUUGUAGUGCUGAUAUUUACCGCUACCUUGCACUCGGAGUAUCAGCGUUCAAGUGCCUACAGCUGGAUAAAACAUCCUGAUGCAGAAAUAAAAAUUAUCUACCCGACUACAAAAUCGGUGACGAUGAAGUGGCAAUGGAAAUUAUCGAAGAAUAACACUAAUUUAAAAGACGCCCCUAAGCUCGAAAUCAAACGGUACAAGGAGGGAGAUAAAAAUGAUACAGUAAAGACGCUUUUAAGCGUUGCCAGCGUUACCUCUGGGAUUUAUACCUCCGAUGAUUUUCAUUAUUUACUGACUUGGCAAAGAGAAGCAAAUUUAGGUAGAAAUGGCUAUGCAGAGCUAACUAUCCACGACGUUAUGAAGCAAAGCAAUAAUAAAGAUGGUACGAACGUUGAUGUAAUGAAAGCAAACUACACUUACAGCUGCCAUCUUUCCGAGCCUUUUGAUAAUGAUCCUGGUCCAAGAUCGACAACACUGGUUGUCUACAAAAUAGCAACAAUAGUUGGAGUACCACCAAAUCAGUACAUCACCAGCACGAAUCAAAGUGUUACCCUUAGAUGCAUUGCGGACGGGAAACCUGCACCCGUCAUCAACUGGGAUGUUACUAAAGUAUCAGGACAACCAUCGACCUUCUCUGGUUCUGAACUCGUAUUGGAUCCUUUCAGAAAAGAAGAUGCCGGUGUCUAUAGUUGCACCGUAUGGAAUCAUGUUGGAAAUGCAACAUUUGUGGCAGUAUUAUUGCAGUUUACAAAAUGUAGUUCUGGAUGUUCCUCAGAUGAUCAGAUUGCUAUCAAAAUGACAGAGCUCACAAACACCAAUGAAUAUGGGAAUCCAAACUCAACAGAAUACAAGAAAUUAAAGCGUGCCAUCGAGGAGGCUUGUUUGUUGCGCUACUCCGGGCACUUUUCAAAUCAGUUGGUCUAUUCUUGUGUGGUGCAAAGCUUCAUGACAGACCCACAUUCGACUAGWAGGAGUGGCGAUGUUAUUGCACAGUUGAAGAUUACAUAUCCGAAUGGUGUCAGCUGCAGUGAGGCAAGGGUACCCAUAGUGGAUGCACUUAAGACUGGUAAAUUUGCAGGHCAAGCUGUGAAAAAGUCAUUUAUAACUUUGCUACCAAAGGCUGCUCCUCAUAGUGUUACUGCAGCAGCGAAGACGUCUCAAAGUAUACUGAUAAAGUGGCAGGUUCCCGUAAUCGUCCGCUGUUCUACUGGUGUUGGAUAUAAAGUAGUAUUUACAACUGCACCAGGAGAAUCUGGACAAGAGGUUUUAGUGAGUGGUUUUCACAACACGUCGUAUAUCUUGACAAAUCUGGCUAARGGAACRGACUAUUAUAUCAGUGUUAAAGUUCACAAUGAGAAGGGRGAUGGUCCCCCUAGUGAUGUGAUAAARGAACGCACCUUAGAAGACGACCCUCAAAAGACAACUACAUCGCAUCCAAAAAGUUGUGUGUCGAAAGAGACGUUAAGCUAUGUUCCCAUUGUGAUGRCCGUGCCACUGAUAGCAAUCAUCAUUGCUUGAUUUGCUGGUUUCCAUUCGACAUGUGACAAAUGRCAUAACGAACACAAGUCAAGUAUCUCAAGACGGAAUUCGAAUUUCAAGUGACUGUGCGAAAAACACGGAACCUUCCGUGGCGUGUCCGUACCGUGCUCAUGGUGGACCGUGCCGUUGUACAGUCAUACGAUAUCCGUUCUAUUAUGCACCUAACUGCAAAUAUAUCGCCGCAGAAAAUAUAUAGACUUUGAGUAAAAACGAAUUUAAUAAAAAGACAAAGUUUCGAUCACU